CAUCCAUAAAAUUUAGUAUCUGAAGGUCAACUAAUUUAAAACUCCAUUUAAUUUUCAAAAAAUUGAUACAGCAAGUUAUCAGCCUACGACAUAUCCGGAAAUUAAAUAAAACAAAACAUCUCAGCUUCAGUAGCGAUAAGCUAUCUAGUAAGGUUUCUAAUAAUUCAAGUGUCGUCAUGGCAGAUCAAGAAGAUGUUGCGUUUGAUAAAGUCUUAGAAGUCGUAGGAAACGAUGGAAAGUUUCAAAAAGUAUUUAAUCACUUUUAUAAUGUCGGACUUGUUUGUUUUGCUAGCAUGGCCUACAUGAAUAUUGUAAUGACGUUGAAUGAACCAAAUCAUUCAUGUUAUGUACCAGGAAAAGAAAAUUUCAGUUUAAGCGAUGAAACGUGGAAAAAUCUGACACUGCCAACUGAAAAAGAUAAUCGUGGAGUCGAAAGCAUAAGUUCAUGUAAAAUGUACAACAUAUCAAAUUUUAUUGAUAAGCCUGUUGAAAAUUGGAACUUUACGGAAGCUGAUAAAAUUGAAUGCGCUUAUGGAUACGAUUAUGAUAAAACUUGGUACAAACGAACAGUUGUAUCUGACGAAGAUUGGGUUUGCAACAAAACGCUUUAUCAGACCAACACCUUCGUUUUUCAUCGCAUUGGUGAAAUUGUUGGAACAUUUGUAUUUGGACAACUUGGUGAUACAAUUGGUAGAAAGCCAGUGUUCUAUGUCAGUUCUGUUAUUAUAAUAGUUGGGAGAAUCAUGACGACACUUACACCAUCAAUUUACUUCUUAUUUGCCAUUGCCAGUGCCUGUUCAAUGUUAACGUCGAUGUCAAUAUUUUUGAGUCCAUUAAUUAUAGCCAUGGAAACGUCAAAGGAAGAAGAUCGAGCACAUAUUGCGAUGAUGCAAUGUAUCGGAUGGACACUCGGAAUGUGUAUCAUGCCAUUGACAUUUUGGGCUGUUGGUGAUUGGGUUUGGUUUCUAAUGAUAACAACACUACCAAUCGGCUUGUUUGCUUUAUAUCCAAAAUAUAUGAUUGAAUCACCAAGAUGGUUAGCAACAAAGAGACAUCUUGAAAGAUGUGCAAAUGAACUCAACAGAAUCGCAAAAAUCAAUGGAAAAAAGGUUGAAGUGACUGUCAAGAUGCUUGAAGAAAUGCUUCCAGACCUUAAAGUUGAAAAUGUUUUUGGUAUCGCAUCAUUAUUCACAGGUUGGCGGUUAGCUAAGAAUACUUGUAUGAUUAUUGUCUGCUGGUCAACGGCAGUUCUCACUUACUUUGUUCUCAUCUUAAACUCAACACGAAUGGGUGGAAAUCCGUUCUUAAGUUUCAUGUGGCAAAGCUUAAUAGAAUUUCCAGCAUAUGUUUUAGGAAGAUGGAUUGGAGAUCGCUUAGGUCGACGAUUCACAAAUGCUUUUUCAUUUUUAUCUAUUUCCUUAACUUGCAUUCCAAUAAUUUUGAUCGUACAAGACGCAAGCAAUGAAUACUUUAGUCUAGCUUUGGUCGUUUUCGUCAAAUUCUGCUGCAGUAUCACUUUCUUCGCUGUAAAUCUUCAAUCAAUGGAAAUCUAUCCAACAUGCUUACGUCAGUCAGGAAUUUCUAUUGGUUCUAUAUGUGCAAACUCUUUAGGGGUUUUUGGUCCUUAUGUAGUCUAUUUAGGAACAAAAUAUGACGUCAGAUAUCCUUACAUGAUAAUAUGCGUGUUAUGUUUCCUUGGAUUUGUUUGUGCGUUGUUCUUACCAGAAACCUUACAUCACAAACUUCCAAACACUUUACAUGAAGCACAGAAGUUUGGAAAGCAACAAAAAUUCUGGGCUUUACCACAAAAACCAGUAGAAGUGGAAGAAGAUGAAUUAAAAUCACUCAAAACCAAACAGUGAAAGAGAAGGUUAAACCGACAUCACACGAUUAACGUUAAAUUUAGAAUAUAUUUAGUGAUUUGGAUCAAAUAAAACAACAUGAAAGAUUAGAAGGCUUGAUUGAGUAUAAGUUUUAUCAUCAAAAUUUAGUUCAACAGCAAAAUCGGGUAGGAAUGCAUGCUGCAUCAAUCAUAACUGGUUCAAUACGUUUUCUAGAUAAAAUUUAUUAGUUAGUGACUUGCAUAUUUUUAUUUAAACAUUAAGUUUCUU